AUCGCUUCUCGGCCUUUUGGCUAAGAUCAAGUGUAGUAUCUGUUCUUAUCAGUUUAAUAUCUGAUACGUCCUCUAUCCGAGGACAAUAUAUUAAAUGGAUUUUUGGAGUUAGGAGAUGGAAUAGGAGCUUGCUCCGUCCACUCCACGCAUCGACCUGGUAUUGCAGUACUUCCAGGAACGGUGCAUCCUUCCUUCGGGGAGGAAACUAAUUGUUGUUUAAUGAAAGAUUUUGGUCUGCCGGGGUUAGAGGCUACUGGCUGUAUUGUAGUCUUCGAAUUAAAUCAUGUAUUUCUGUCGGUAGACUGUUGAAUGAGGCGUGUUUGAAUGUCUUAUUGACGGAGUGAUUUAUUGAGAGAAAAUUUUGUUUUACAACUGAGCGUUAGAGUGUAAUAUGUUCAUGUGGUCUACAGCAACUUUCAUACAUCAGUCUCCGGGGUAGUUGGAAUUACGGAAGCGCUUGCCACCACCCCCGGCUAAUGUUUUCUGUUUUUAUUUUUUAUUUAUUUUUUUUGAGACGUCGUCUUGCUCUGUCGCCCAGGCAACAGUGCAAUGGCAUGAUCUCAGCUCACUGCAAUCUCUGCCUCCCGGGUUCAUGCGAUUCUCCUGCAUCAGCCUCCCGAGUAGCUGGGACUACAGGCGCCCGCCACCACGCCCAGCUAAUUUUUAUACUUUUAAUAGAGACGGGGUUUCACCAUGUUGGCCAGGGUGGUCUCCAUCUCCUGACCUUGUGAUCCGCCCGCUUCAGCCUCCCAAAGUGCUGGGAAUACAGGCGUGAGCCACCGCGCCCGGCGUGGUUUCGCGUUUGAUGUGUUAAACCUAGGUCGCGCUCGGGGUUUCACGCGUGAAAUCCUAGCACUUCGGGAGGUUGGGGCGGGCGGAUUGGGUAAUUCCAGCCUGACUAACGGUGUGAAAAAUCCCGUCUUCACUAAAAAACCAAAAGAAAAGUGAAUCAGGCCUGGUGGCGGGCGCUCUAGCCUGAGAGACAGAGCAAGAUUCCAUCUCAAAAAAUAAAGCUUCGCGUUAGAUAAAGGGUUUACUUGUAAACUGGUAAUUUGUUGCUUUUCUGUGUUAAUCUCUAGGUAAAGUAGCGACUUCCUUCUCCUAUUUACGCAUGCGCUAUUACUGUAUUUCUACCGAGCGAUGACUUUCUCUGCGUUUCUCAUGUAGCAUAGCACAGAGUACUUUUAGGUUUUUUUUUUUUUUUUUUUUUUUUGAGACGGAGUCUCUGACGCCCAGGCUGGAGUGCAGUGGCGCAAUCUCGGCUCACUGCAAGCUCCUCCUCCCGGGUUCACGCCAUUCUCCUGCCUCAGCCUCCGGAGUAGCUGGGACUACAGGCGCCCGCCACCACGCCCGGCUAGUUUUGUUUUUGUAUGUUUAGUAGAGACGGGGUUUCACCGUGUUAGCCAAGAUGGUCUCGAUCUCCUGACCUCAUGAUCCGCCCGCCUCGGCCUCCCAAAGUGCUGGGAUUACAGGCGUGAGCCACCGCGCCUCGCUGUCCGCCUCUUGAAGAGUAAACGAGGCCGGGCGCGGUGGUUUAGUAAUACCAGCUGUAAUCCCAGCUACUUGGGAGGCUGAGGCAGAAGAAUCGCUUGAACCCGGGAGGCGGAGGUUGAGGUGAGAGGAGAUCGCGCCAUUGCACUCCAGCCUGGGCAACAAGGGCGAAGUUCUCUCAAAAGAAAAAAAAAAUCGUCGGUUUCCUUUUCCCAUCUUUCUUUCGUGACUUAUAUUCCAGAACGAAGCCCCACACAUCAUUAAUGAUUUGAAUCGUUUCUAAAGUGUUUCUUAAAUCGUUUCUUAAAUCGUUUGUUGUUUCUUGUCUAACAGUCCAGAACACAUAUUACAUAAUGGAGCCGGGAGACAGCCUAGGGCUGGCUUGAUCCGGGCACGCAGUCCAGGAAAGGUGCUUUUCACCCCCAAGUGCAAAAUGAUCAAUGUAUUCUUCCGAUCUACAUAAACAAGCACCUCCUGGUUUCAUUUUCGUAAAGCAAAACAAGCAUGGAAGGUUUACUGUUUCGGCUCUUUAAACUUCCAGCAACUACACUACGCUGCAUCGGACUCGACGCCAGCUGGUGACGCACACGCUGCGCCGGAAGUGCGAACUGUCUGCCUCCAGGCUUUGUCAUGGCGGCUGCUGCUGCACGCUGGAACCAUGUGUGGGUCGGCACCGAGACUGGGAUCUUGAAAGGGGUAAAUCUUCAGCGAAAACAGGCGGCGAACUUCACGGCCGGAGGACAGCCGCGGCGCGAGGAGGCAGUGAGCGCCCUGUGUUGGGGCACCGGCGGCGAGACCCAGAUCCUGGUGGGCUGCGCGGACAGGACGGUGAAGCACUUCAGCACCGAGGAUGGCAUAUUCCAGGGUCAGAGACACUGCCCGGGCGGGGAGGGCACGUUCCGUGGCCUCGCCCAGGCCGACGGCACCCUCAUCACAUGUGUGGAUUCUGGGAUUCUCAGAGUCUGGCAUGACAAGGACAAGGACACAUCCUCCGACCCACUCCUGGAACUGAGAGUGGGCCCUGGGGUGUGUAGGAUGCGCCAAGACCCAGCACACCCCCAUGUGGUUGCCACAGGUGGGAAAGAGAAUGCUUUGAAGAUAUGGGACCUGCAGGGCUCUGAGGAACCUGUGUUCAGGGCCAAGAACGUGCGGAAUGACUGGCUGGACCUGCGGGUUCCCAUCUGGGACCAGGACAUACAGUUUCUCCCAGGAUCACAGAAGCUUGUCACCUGCACAGGGUACCACCAGGUCCGUGUUUAUGAUCCAGCAUCCCCCCAGCGCCGGCCAGUCCUAGAGACCACCUAUGGAGAGUACCCACUAACAGCCAUGACCCUCACUCCGGGAGGCAACUCAGUGAUUGUGGGAAACACUCAUGGGCAGCUGGCAGAAAUUGACCUUCGGCAAGGGUGUCUACUGGGCUGUCUGAAGGGGCUGGCAGGCAGUGUGCGUGGGUUGCAGUGCCACCCUUCAAAGCCUCUACUAGCCUCCUGUGGCUUGGACAGAGUCUUGAGGAUACACAGGAUCCAGAAUCCACGGGGUCUGGAGCAUAAGGUUUAUCUCAAGUCUCAAUUGAACUGCCUCCUCUUGUCAGGCAGGGACAACUGGGAGGAUGAGCCCCAAGAGCCUCAAGAACCCAACAAGGUGCCCCUAGAAGACACAGAGACAGAUGAACUUUGGGCAUCCUUGGAGGCAGCUGCCAAGCGGAAGCUCUCGGGUUUGGAGCAGACCCAAGGAGCUCUCCAAACGAGAUGGAGAAAGAAGAAGCGGCCUGGGUCCACCAGCCCCUGACGCCCCUGUGCCCACUUUGUAAAUAAACUGCUGAACACCCA